AUGUUCAUGUUUUUCGUAUUAGCAAUUCAAAUGGAUUUCAAAGAGUCAAUAUUGGAUGACUCUCCAGGAUUUGAACAUUAUUCAAAACUUAUCACAAAGUAUCAUGAAUAUAUUGAAACAUGGGAUGAAAUAUACAAAAUUCAUUCAAAUAAAAAUAGCAUAGUUUACGGAAUAUUAGACGACAUCAAGUUUAACUUGAUUGAUACCGGAUAUUUUACUCCACAAGAGAUGAUUAGAGAGUUAAAAAAAAUUUGUAAAAAUCGUUUACGUUAUCGUCAUGCAUACUUAGAUUUAAUAAAUUACAUAUCUGAAGAUUAUCAUUGCAAAGAUAGUUUGGAUAUCUCAGAUCUUUUGGAAUAUGAUAACACCAUUAAAAACACAUAUCAAGAGGCAAUUUUAGAAGAUGAUGAAAGAACAUUAUUGCAAUUCUUAGAUAGUGAAGAUCUUAAUGUCAGUGAAUUACUUGAAAGUUGUUGUUUAAAUGGAGCAGUCAAAUGUUUCAAUUUAUUACGAAGUGAAUUUAAUGUGCCAAUCACCAAAAAAUGUCUUCACAAUUCAUUUCUUGGAAGCAAUAUAGAUAUCAUACAAGAAUGUUUGGAUGAACAAGAAAUUGAAGAAGAUGCAUUUAAGGCUGUAAUAACAACUCAUGAUGCAAACCUUUUUACUUAUUUGAAUUUGAAAUACAAAACACAAUUUAAAUUACUCAAUCCACAACUUCUUCUUUUUAGUUGUAAAUGCCAUGAUCUUAGGUUAUUUCUUAAUAUUUAA